GGUGCGAGCUUCGGCUGCUGCUGCUUGUCACUCACUGUGCCGCGGCGCGAACACGGGUAGCCACAAGGACCAAAAACCCGUCCUGUUGCAGCUGCUGUUUUACGUCCCUGGAAAAAAAAAGGAAGAAGAGAAAAGAAAAGCCGCACAGAGGCUGCUCUGUGUUCAUCCAGAAGCUCUCCGCUUGAUCUUCAAGGAGAAUAUCUGUGAGACAUUACAAUGCUUCAGAUAAGGGACGUCCUCUGGGGACUGCUGUUCACCGGCUGUGCAGCUGCUAUUCAGGUGCAAAUCACUCCAGCACAAGGGGAAAUCAGCGUCGGAGAGUCCAAAUUUUUCCUCUGCGAAGUGGUUGGGGACGCUAAAGACAUCGACUGGUUCUCCCCCAGUGGCGAGAAGAUCCUCCUGUCUCGGCCGAACAUCUCUGUGAGCCGCAGCGACGAGUCCACGUCCAUCCUCACCAUCUACCACGCCAACGUGGACAACGCUGGCAUCUACAAAUGUCUGGCCAAAAACGCAGACAAGGAGGCCCAAGCCACAGUUCAAGUGAAGAUCUUCCAAAGGAUCACCUUCCAGAGCGCGCCGAGUCCGCAAGAGUUCAACGAGGGCGACAGCGCCGACAUCAUCUGCGACGUGGUCAGCUCGCCGCCACCCACCAUCAUUUGGAAGCACAAGGGCUCCAAACUCCAAACCGCCAAAGAUGUGCGCUACAGGUUCAUGGAUAAUGGCCACCUGCAGAUACGUGGCAUCAAGAAGGUCGAUGAAGGAAUGUAUAAUUGUGAGGCUCGUGUUAUGGCCAGGGGAGAAAUUGACUUCCGGGCGAUAAAGGUCAUCGUUAAUGUUCUUCCCACAAUCCGUGCCAGGAAGACUGAAGUCAACGCCACAGCAGAUGUUGGUGAAUCUGCCCUGUUGGCCUGUGAUGCAGACGGCUUCCCUGAGCCCACCGUUACCUGGGCGCAUAACAACAUCGUCCUUGAAAUGGGCGACAAAUACAGCUUGAACGAGGAUGGUUCUGAAUUGGUAAUAAAGGAAGUCAAAAAGGUGGAUGAAGGAGAUUACACUUGCAUCGCCAAGAACAAGGCAGGAGAGAAAACCGAGGAAGUCAGCCUGAACGUGUUCGUGCUGCCGAACAUUACCUACUUCAACAACGAGACUGCCUCAGAGUUUGAUGAGGAGGUCACCCUGACCUGCGAGGCCUCAGGUGACCCCACACCCACCAUCUCCUGGAGAUUUGGAAACAGAGUUUUCACUGAAGGAGAGCAGGCAUCUUGGACGCGACCAGACAAAUAUGAGAGCCUUGACAGGAACGUUGUGGUACGAAGCCACGCGCGGGUGUCCUCCCUCACCCUGAAGAACGUCCAGUUCACUGACGCUGGUCGUUACCUCUGCACUGCCAGCAACUCCAUCGGCGAAGACAACCAGCAACUGUUCCUGGAAGUGCGCUAUUCUCCAAAGAUCAUGGGCAUAGUGGCAGCAUACACAUGGGAAGGAAACCCAGCCAAUAUUUCUUGUGAGGUGGCAGCCAACCCCAGAGCCUCGGUGGUUUGGUUCAGAGACGGCAUUGAGCUCCCGACUGCUAACUCAACCAACAUAAAGAUCUUCAAUACUCCAACCAUCAGCCUUCUGGAGAUCACACCUGAGUCCCAAAAUGACUUUGGCAGCUACAACUGCACAGCCUCAAAUGUGAUAGGCUCUGAAUCCAAGGAGUUCCUUCUAAUCCAAGCAGAAGUGCCGUCGUCGCCUAAAAUUGAAGAAGUGCAGCCGUUCUCCAGCACGGCAGUGGUGGUGUUCGAGGAACCAUACUCUUUGGGUGGAGUGCCGAUAUUAAAGUACAAAGUGGAAUGGCGUUUGCCUGGGAAGGAGUGGAAAAGUGAGGAGUACAAAGCUAAGGAUGACAUGACCAGGAUAACCAUCGGCGGACUGAAACCGGAGACGACCUACGAGGUCAAGAUGUCCGCCAUCAACGGGAAAGGCGAAGGCGAGAGCAGCCGUUCCAGCACUUUCAAGACGGAGCCAGUCCAAUAUUCUCUCACAAUUGCAUCAUCGAUCCCACCUGCUAUCGCUGCCACCACUAUGGCCAUUAGGGAACCAACUUCUCCCAUACUAGAAGUCACACCUAUAAAGAGCAGUAAUUCUGCUAAAGUCAAGUGGACCAAGCAGGACGACGGAGGCUCACCCAUUAAGCACUACCUGAUCAGAUACAAGGCUAAGCACAUGUCUGACUGGAAACCGGAAAUGCGCCUCCCCUCUGCCAGCGAUUACGUAAUGCUGAAUGGCCUGGACUGGAACACGGAUUACGAGAUCCUCGUGGUGGCGGAGAAUCAGCGGGGCCGAUCCGAGCCGUCCAUCACUUCCUUCAGAACAGCUUCAGAGCCCACCACCGUCCCAGACACUGCAGACGGCAGCUCCGGACUCAGCACCGGCGCCAUCGUGGGCAUCCUCAUCGUUGUCUUCUUGCUGCUGCUGGUUGCUGUGGACGUCACCUGCUAUUUCCUCAACAAGUGCGGCCUCCUCAUGUGCAUCGCAGUCAACGUUUGCGGGAAAGACGGCCCGGGCGCCAAGAGCAAGGACAUUGAGGAGGGAAAGGCAGCGUUCUCGAAGGACGAGUCUAAGGAGCCGAUUGUGGAAGUGAGAACAGAAGAAGAAAACACCCCGAACCAAGAAGGAGGGGGUCCCACUGAGCCCAAUGAGACCACCCCGCUGACAGAACCAGAACCUGCCGCUGCCGACUCCCCGAACACGGCGGUAAACCGACUCCCCCCGGCUGCUGCUAACUCAGUUACAGAGAGCUUUAGCACGCCGCAGACUAACUCCUCUCCUAAAAACACCACUGCAUCACUUUCCAAUUCACCCAAAGCAGACUCCAAAUGCAGCGUCGGGUCCCUGGUUGACCUCAGCGACACUUCAAAAGUUGCCCCUGCCUCCAUCCCUCCUGUAUUAGAGCCAGUUAGCCCAGCGCCCGCUAAUGACGACAGGCCUCAGAACCCGUGUGAGUCAGUGAAAGCCCCCAGCAGCACCCAGAGUAAGGACUUACCAGUAGACGGCCAGAGCAACGACGCCCGCUGUGCCCCAUGCUCAGACUCCACCACAUCAACCCAAAAUAACGGGAAGACUGCGAAGAGCGACAACGCCAAAACCGAGCCGGAGGUGAAGAAUGCCACGGCCGAGGUGAAGACGGUCCCCAACGAGGCACCUCAGGCAAACGGCAAUGAGAGCAAAGCGUAAUGUCCGGGUGCAGGUUGGGCGGGGAGAGUUUGGGGUUUGGGCUUUACAGGUUCAAAGCGGGGGUGGUCACAGUCACUGAAACUUCGAAACAAUUUCACACACACCACCCCACUGCAUUAUGAAAAAAAUAGCAGCAACUCAGAAGAUAAACUGCAAAGAAAUGUGUGUUUCUGUGGGAAUAUGACCAGGAGUGAUAAACCUCAUGCAACGCCUUAGUUCCUUAUACAUCCACCCAGAUCAGUCAUUCUAAAACAAUAGAUAUUCAUACGUUAUGUUUUUGUACGUAAUAAGCAGAUCAGCAUCUGUAAUAUUUUCUCUAGAUAAACUUGGAUGAACUGUAGCUUUACUUCACAGAUUUACUGCCUUUAAGAUGCACACAAAUGUAAGACCGACUCUACUACUCUUUAUGCAGUACGCUCAUUAUUGUGAUCAUGGAUUAUUGGUCUUCUUUUUCCUUUAUAUGUUUUUUGUUCAAGUACUGUUCUCACUGUCUGUUUAGCUGUUCCUUAAUGUCUUAUUAAAGCAUGUGGUUUGUUGCAAAGUUGCUGUAUUUCUGUGAAUUGGUAUGUGAUCGGGUUUUGUUGCUUUCUGCUUCUUAAUCCUGCAUUUUCCUUCAUUUCAUCUUCACUCUCCCAAAAAAAUGGAAAAAUGAUUGUGAGAAAUAUUGACAUAAGAGUUAAUGUCUUGUUUUUUUUUUCCUCCUUAAAAGUUUGUUCCCAGGCUGUUUAUACAUGCACCCAUCAGAGUUUUGUGAAUAGUAACUUUAGUGAGCCAAUUCUGAUUUCUCUUCAGAUAAAUGCAUUCAAAAUGUUUUUAUUACUUUUUAGCUUUUUAAGACAUCAUUAAAUCUAUUACACUUUUAGCAAAGGCAACAUCUCAGCACAUGGUAAAACAGGGCUUCACAAACAAUUAUCCAACUUUAGCUUCUUAUACUAGCAAUUAGCAGUGUUAGCAUUAAUAGCUUUGUACCACAGUAUAAAGAUCGCUAUUCUAUAGAGACGCUUACCUUCAAUCUGAGCCCAAAAAGUUUACAUUUCUAAAUUCACAGUGCUGUGUGGCAGAGAUUGAAUGCUUGGAAGGAUAAGACAAAGUAACUUUUCUGUAAAACCUUUAGCUUUCUGUUUUUUCCGAAGAAAUUUCAAUCCCUCUCUUUAAAAGGAGAAGCCAAAAUAUCUGUAGAAAUUAGUUUCUUACACCUCAAUGUCAUCUUCAAACACUCUACUGAUAUUCAAAAGACUUCUCAAUAGACUUCAGUACACAUCACUUAGUCUCAACUUCCACACCGAAGAGUGCUGCUGUUAGCACAUAAUGUGGGACAUUAACUGAUUGAAAAAAUAUUGGAUUUUUGAGUUUCUAAUCCUCAGUUUUUCUUUUGGUUCAUUUUCUGUCCUUGCCUGGCUUCUGACAAAUAGCAUGGUGGGCUUGGUCGCCAUGAAUUGUUAGUGUCUUACAUUUGCUCUUCAAAAGCUGACUACAUGUUUUAUUUAUUUUUUAUAAAUCAAAUAGUUAGAAGAUAAAAUGUUUUAGUUUUUUUCCCCCAUAUGCCUGAAAUUUUCAUGCCAAGACCUAGUUAUCCACUCUUACAUAUUAUAUGAACCUGUACAUGGACUCAAUUUCAAGGGGGCCUUAAUGUUUUUGCUUAGAUUUUUUUAAAUCCCAGCUUCAAUUCUUUUUAUAGGCUCCUAUUUAAUUCCAGUUCUCAUGCCUUAAAUUGUCUUCAUCUCUUAAAUAUAUUUAUAACUCUCCUUAAAAUUUAUCAUGCCACAUUAACCUUAACUAAAUAUUGUGUAGCCAAAUAUAAUGGGCCUUGAAUAUAAAUGAACUGGACCAAUGAAAACCUGCACUGCAGGAUGUAAAUGAUGGAAACCUCGCUUAAAAUCUACCAUUAAAGUUAUUUCCUUAUGUGAGUAGAUUCACCUGUAACCUCAUCACACUGUUUGCAGUUCUCCAUCUUGUCUUAAAAUACAUGUAUACGGACAAACUAGGUCAAAGAUGUCUUUUACUCAUAAAUUAAGCUUUGUAACCCUGUAAAAAUAAAAUGACAAAUUAAGGUUUGUGCAUAAUUCGAAAUCACCCAUGCUUUGAAAACAUUUGCAUUUGUACGAUUUUUACAAUGCAAUACUUUGUAAUAAAUUGCAGGGGGAAAUGUAUGAUUCUAAUUUUUACAAUUCCAGCACUAUCAAAACAUUUUGAUCGAAAAAUGUCCUGUUUAAUCAUGAUUUUGAUUUUUAUAUGGGAGCUAAACCCACAUUUGAGCCCCUAUUUACUGGGAACUUUAAAACCAAUCCACACUCAUUGUUCAGGUUGACAUUUUCUAUUUGGAACUUUGCAUUUGUAACAAAGAUUUCUGCGUUGUGUUUCUGAAACAAUUUGUGAAGCAUCUGCACAAAACCGAUUCACAAGUAUAAAUAUUUUCUGCAGGUGCACGAAAACAUGAUAUCCACAAAAUCUAAAAUGAAACGGCAGUGUGGCCCACUUUUCCAUUAAUCCAGCCAAGUUGUUUGUGGGUUCUCAUGAAGGACUGAGGUUUCACUAUCAGACAAUCGGCUGAUUCUUCAUAAAAUAAAAUGGUGAAAUACCACCAAACAGUAACAUGCGCGGUUCUGAUGUAGCAGGACUCUGUGAAUUCCAUACCUUUUUGUGUGCUGCAAAACUUUUGUGUUUUGAGUUGUGAAAAUUCACAUUUCUUCCUUCUGUCUCACACGUGGGUCACACUUUUCCUGAGGUUUCCUUAAAGUGGUUUGGACAAGUAGGUUAGACAACAGGUUUGGACUUUAGAGGUUAGAGAAACAUCAAGUUAGUGUGGACUGAGAUGUAGUUGUUCUUAUGUCUCAUUUUAGAAAUAUAGAUCCAACUGUGUUAUGUCUUUGUAUUUGGCUCCUUCAUAGCCAGAGAUAUUUUUUUUCUUCUAUCAUAUUUAUUGUUACCAUAAUAACCGAAUUCAACUGGAACUUUGGAUAUUUACAGCUUCUAUUUUUGUUGUGUGGCAUCAAAUCUGAAGGCGCUUGUCUAAAUUUGGUAAAAUAGUAAAUUAUUGUGAAGCAUUAAAAUAGUCCAAUAAAAGAUGUUUUGUGUCACUAAUCCAUCAGCAUCUUAUGUCAUUUAUUGGCCUUUGUAUUGAGUCUUUUUAAAGAUCAGCCCAUACAACUACAUGGAAAUCAGUUUUUCCUUCUAGCAGUUUUAUGAAAUGUGUGAAUAUUUUUUAUUUGAAAUUAUUUUAACGGCAGCACCUUCCAAACUUAUUGGCUCUCAUGGUAGAAAGUCUCAAAAUUCAUGUAUCCAACCUGAAAUUUCAGGAAAUUUAAUCAGUGAUGAAAAAACUCCCACCUUAAAAGCACUUUUUUUUUUCAAACAAAAGUGUUGGCAACUCUUAAAAUUAUAAUAAUAAAUGUACCAAAUUUAUUUCCCGACUCUGUACACUGUUCAGCUGAUCGUACUGUGAAGGAACUUAAUGCAUAAGUUGAAUAUUAAGAGUCACAGAGGCCCAUGCUAUUUACGUAAGGCGGGUGUUGAAUUUUCAAAAAUCUGGAAAUGAAUGAUAUUAAAAAAAAAAAAAAAAAGAACAGCCACUAGCCUAAACUUUACAAUAUCUAAAGAAACGUUUUUAGAAUUUUUAAAGAGGUGGUACAACUUUUCCAAAGCUCCAUUAUGACUUUCUUAAAAAGUGCUAAAAUAAAACAAAAACAUAGAAAUGUUCCCCAAUGACUAAAUCUUCCUAAAGUAAAGUUUGGACUUUUCGCUGCUUUCUGAUGAGGUCGUGUUCUUUUUGCAUCUUUACCACAGUGGUCAAUAAAUAAACGUAAAAAAGAUAAACUGUUGAACAAAGUCAGGCGUGAUUGCAGAAGUUUUAAACAGCAAAAAUCUUUCUUUAAAAAUUGUUUCCAAAAAGUCCAAACUCUCACAAGUUCUAAAGCUUCUGAAGGUGAACCACCAAGCAGAGGUUUAUUUUAUAUCAGGUUUAGCUUAAACUGAUUAGAGUUCAGCGUCUAGUUUGAUUGUGAUGUAGCCAGUAGCGAGCGGCUGAGUGCCUUUAGACUGAAAAACGACGCCAUGCAUUCCCUUCCUCUUGGUUUCUGUAUUUCAAAGUUUACUUCCUCCUGUCAGUUUAUUUUCUUUCGCUGCUCCAUUCAGCUGUAAAUGAAGCUUCUUCAAACCCUCUCACAUCUCCUGUAUGGCUGUGUUAUUCCGGUUCCUUUUGGAUGUUUUAUUCUUUUCAAUCCUUUGUAAUAAAUACUUCAAGGGUCAGAUUAUUGCUGAGAACCUUACUCUAACUUGGCCGCAGUCUCGUUUAAGAAAGAUUAGCCAUGACCAAAACCACACGGACACAAGCCAAUGCAACGAGUCAAAAGGAGAUAUUCAACGUUUUAACGCUCAAAUCUAGCAUCACAAGCUAAGAGCAUAUAAAUUAGGUUUCCAGAAAUGAUCGGAUUUGUCAGAAGCAGCAUGAAUAAUUUCUAAAAAUCCCUUUUUUUUUUUAAGAUUUAUUUUCUUCAUGUUUUUAUGCUUUUCAAAUGUUGUGGAACUUGUUCUGGUCUUUUCUAAAACAAAACAAAAAAAAAGUUAACUGACUUACUUUUGGCUUGGAAAUGUGUGAAAAGUGACAUUUCGCCUUGUUUUGUUUUGCUUUUUUUGUUUCUCUGGAUUAAUCAGUUUUGCUGGUUUAUGUGAUUUUUUUUCUUCUUAUUCUUCUUAACCAGUCAAACAGAAGGACUUGGUUCUGUUCUGUAAAAACCCGCUUUGCAUUUCUUUUCUUUUUUUUUUUUUUGAUCGGGGAAUAAAAAAGAUGAAAACUUCCUCUCAAGGCCCCGCGCUCACGCUACAGCAAAGGGAUUUGUAACAUCCAACAUGUUCAGAGGAGCCUCCACUGCCAGCAGCUGGUCACUGUUAUUGAUCCAGAACUUUCUGUUCUCCAGUCUCUCUCUCUGUAAACAGCGGCUCGGUGUGCUUCUCCUCUGUCUGGGUGUCUGUCUGUUCACUAUUCCCUGGUGUAAAUACAGAAUACUAACUGAGGAAUGAAGGAAAAUACAUUUUGACUUUGCAUUCUGUCAGAAAUGUUUGUGUUCAAUAAAAUUAAAAGGAAAAAAAGAA